AUCAGGAGUGAGGAGACAUGACUGCUGUAGAACGAGCUUUAAAAACCUACUUCGGCUUCGAAAAGUUCCGAUCACGGCAACAAGAAGAUGUCGUGAAAGCCGUGGUAAAAGGUGACAGGGAUGUGUUUGUGUGCAUGCCAACCGGAGCAGGAAAGUCUCUGUGCUACCAGCUUCCUGCAGUGCUGUCCUCAGGCAUCACACUGGUUAUAUCUCCUCUGAUUGCACUUAUACAGAAUCAGAUAGAUCACCUUAAGGCACUAAACAUUCCAGCAUGCUCAAUAAACUCCAAGCUUCCUUCUGCUGAGAGGCGACAGAUCCUGGACGACUUGGCCAGUGAACAACCUCAUCUCAAACUGCUCUACAUCACUCCUGAGAUGGUGGCUUCACCCUCUUUUCAGCCAUGCCUGAGCUCUCUUUGUUCCCGUGGCUUGCUAGCUUGUUUAGCAGUUGAUGAAGCCCACUGUGUUUCCCAGUGGGGUCAUGAUUUCAGACCCGACUACCUAAAGCUAGGUGAACUGCGCUCUCGUCUUGCCGGGGUGCCCUGUGUGGCACUGACGGCGACAGCACCCAAGAAGGUGCAAGAGGACAUUUCACGAUCACUGAAGCUCAGGUCACUGCUGACGUUUUCCACACCAGUGUUUAGGAAAAAUUUGAAGUAUGAUGUGAUAUUUCGAGAUCUGUUGCCUGAGCCUUAUGUUCAUCUACAUGCAUUCGCUAAAGAAGCUCUCGGAGGAAGCACAGCUGAAAAGGGUUGUGGGAUUGUGUACUGUCGUACAAGGGAGAGCUGUGAGGAUGUUGCUCACAGACUGACUAAGCUUGGUAUAACAGCUAAACCCUACCAUGCAGGCCUGAAGACAGAUGACCGCACUGGGGCACAGGCUGAUUGGAUGGAAGGAAGGGUACCUGUUAUCGUGGCCACUAUUAGCUUUGGCAUGGGUGUUGACAAGGCCAAUGUUAGGUUUGUUGCUCAUUGGAACUUGGCUAAGUCCUUGGCCAGUUACUAUCAGGAAUCUGGUCGUGCUGGCCGUGAUGGUCUUCCAUCUUCAUGCCGCAUAUACUACUCUCCCAGAGACCGAGACCAGAUGAAUUUUCUUAUCCGCAAAGAGAUUGGCCGCAAACAGAAGAAGAGAGGUUCAGAAAAGGAACAGGACAAAGCAGCUAUCUUGGACUUUGAGGCCAUGGUUGCCUUCUGUGUACAAGAGGGAUGCAGACACGCCACUAUAUCCAAGUUCUUUGGGGAUAAGCUGCCUGACUGCGACAAAGCAUGUGACUACUGCCGCAACCCUAAACUGGUCCGGGCUCAACUGGAGAGGGCUGCUACUGUCAGCACUAAGGUUGGGCCGGCACAGAGCUCUGAGCCCAAAGGGCCGUUUGGUUUUAACCCUGAUCUCUAUGCUGGGGGAAAGAAAGGCUAUGGUUUUGAGAGGUAUGAUGAGGAGUGGGAGGGCACUGCUGAGGAUGACUCUGAUAAGCGAAAAAAAGAAUUUGGUGAUCUUUUUAAGAAGCAGAUGAAACUACGCAGGGCAUCAGAUGACCCGAAAGAAACAAUUGUUAUACCGGAUGCUGAUUGUCUAUUAAAGGAAGCCUGUAGCCUGAAAAUCCCCCGGCUCACAGUGAAGGCAAGAGAGCACUGCCUGAAUCUUAUUCAGGCCUCCCUGACCAAUCACGGAGGUUCAACAGAUCACAGCUCUGCACUUUCUUUGGCUGUAGAAAUUGAGCAUAGUGUGUUCAGAUCCUGCAAGUCAGCGAACCUGUACAAGGCUGCAGUUCUCAAGAAAGUUGCUGAGCUGAAGAAAGAAACUGUUGAUGCUGUAUCGCCUCAUGUUGAGAAGGAUGAAGAGUCAUGCAGCUCCAUAGGUCAUAAAGAGGAAAUAGAAAAGAAUAUACCUGAGGAGGAAGCAGCCUCCUCCUCCACUUCCUCCUUCCCUGAAGAACAGCAGGGCUUUACAUCAGCCUCCCAGAUCUAUUCGCUAAAGAGAAAGCGGGUGGGUGCAGGAUUGCGUGGCUCAUCCACCCUCUUCCAGUCGGCAUCAGAGUUCCUUAAGACCUCCAAGAAUGAGAGCUUUACAUCUCAAGAACCUGGCCAUACGGAAGAUGAGCAGGAAGAAAAGCCUAAUAAGAAAAGAAGUAAAACAUCAUCUGAUUCAGCUGUCUCUAAAUCCAAAACAUCACCCGUGAGUAGCCCCAGCAAGAAAUCUAACAAAGCUUUGAGCAAGAAACAGCAGAAACUAGCAGAGGCUGCCAAGGACUCUCACUGUAUAUCUCACUACUUUGGGAAGAAAAUAGUAAACAGCACUCAAAAACAGGAACCUGUUUCAGAACCUGAGGAAGCAGACAUGUGCAUGGAGACAGCACAGCAAGAGUGUAAUGUUCCAGUUGCAACAUCUGGUAUGGACACAGAUGCCGGUAAUACUGAGACUAAGGAUGAAAGUAGUGUAGAUGUAGAAAACAGCAUGUCUGUGGAGAAUUGUACUCUGAACAAGGAUUCCAUGGAUGUAAGAAUCACUCUGGAGGAGACGUGCAGAACCGAGGAGACCAGAACAAAUCUGCAGGAUGAAUGGAAAGAGUCACUAUCAGAUGCCUUGGUUCAUCCAAAAACGCACUGUGAGGAUACAGAGCAGCUUCCUUCUGUCAAAUGCAGCCGCCCUCCCAGUGGCAACAAACGGAGGGUAACCUUUGACCCGGUGGUGCAGGAGAGAAAAAUGGAGGCGGACAACAGUGAAGCCAAUCACUUUCCAGCCCAGCCCGUGACUCUGAAAGAUGCAGCUGAUAUUGUGGUGAAAAUCUUAGAUCCUUUCUACAAAAAGGGCAGGUUUGCUACUAAGGACCUGUUCAAGUCAUUUGCACGCUUCCUAUCUCAUCAGCUUGUAGAAGGAAAAGCAAAAGACAGAGUCAAAGUGAAAAUGGAGGCCAGGCGUUUAAUCAAGCGUUUCUUCAGCAACAUCCAGCGCUGCGAAAAUGAGGCAGACUGGAAAGUCCUACAAGAAUCAGCCAAAGCAGCAGAUACUGCAGUACAGGACUCAUAACGCUUCCUGAUUUCCUCUCUCCCUACCUCAUAUCCUUCUGAUGGUAAAUCUGCUCCACUCUCAGGGAUCAUCUCCACAUCUCGGAGGCUGCUGCUCUUAGAAGGUCACUGUAUUUUCUGCACCUUGUUUGCUCAUUUUAGUGCACCUUAAUGAAAAAUGCUAGAACUUCUUUUUAGUGGACUGGGACAGUUAUGCAGCAUUUAUCCGGUUGUUGAAGAAGAGGCAUGUUUAAAUCCCAGUGAUGUGAUCAACUGUGGCAUAACUGAUCCUGCACUUCCAUUGGGAUGAAUGGCACUUCUGUCUUCUCUGUCAGUCAGGGACAGCAACUGCUCUAUGAUGCUGCGUAAGCAAAAGUUUGCAAAGGUGAGUCGGCUGCUUUCAUGGGUCCCAAAGAAAGCAUGUUAGCCCUCACUAUCCCAAAUGUGUUAUACUAUACGAAAACACCUACUGGCAGGUAAAAAAAUAAGCUUUAUGUACACUGACAAAAACACAGAAAGUCUAGUGCCAACAGGGCAUCAUUUAGUUAUUGUAAUGUAGCAUUAGUUAUUUUAUUUCUGAAAUCUCUUAACAUUUUACAGAGAGUAAAAUGACAAUUAUCAAAGUUUUUUUGUUUGUUUUAAGGUAAUUUAUUUUACUGUUAUGUUUGGCAACCCUGCAGACUAGUAAUAUUUUUUGUUUGUUUUGUGUAUUCUGCUUUUUCUGUUGGAACUAAUUUUAGCAAAUGUGGA